AAGUAUACAAUCUCGUAACUACCAACUAUUGAUAUUGAUAUUUGCUUUAAAUAAUAUAAAUACAAUAAAAUAAGGCUUACAAUUAGUAAAAAUGGGUCGAUUAAAAAAGGGACGAUGUGUGAAACGAAAUAAACAAAUUAACAAAAAUGAAAAAGAAGAACUUGUUCAAGCUCCACAUUCCUUUGUUGUUCAUCGAGGAUUACCUGGGAAUAAUAUUACUGAACUUACCAAGGAUUUUCGAAGAGUCAUGGAACCCUUUACCGCUAGCAUGUUAAAAGAACGGAAACGCAAUACAAUAAAAGAUUUUGUGUCCAUCGCUGGUAUUUUACAUGUAACUCAUAUUUCCAUUUUUUCACAAACCGAGCUUGGCUUCUAUUUAAAAAUUUGCAGAAUACCACGAGGACCAACGUUAAGUUUUAAAAUUGAAAGCUUUGCCUUGGCUCGUGACGUUGUUUCCACUACAAAGAAACAACUUGUUUUUGAAGAAGCUUUUAAACAUCCGCCAUUAAUUAUUAUGAAUAAAUUUAGUGGAGAAGGAAUGCACUUUAAGUUAAUGACUUCAAUGUUUCAAAAUAUGUUCCCUACAAUAAACUUAGUGAAAGUCAAUCUGAGUAAUAUGCGCCGUUGCGUUUGUCUGAAUUAUAAUCACGAUACAAAAUUAAUAGAUUUUAGGCAUUAUGCUAUUAAAGUUAUACCUGUUGGAUUGUCGAAAAGUGUGAAAAAAUUGGUCCAAGCCAAGAUACCAAAUCUGUCGCACUGCCAAGAUUUUGCUGAUUUUAUGAUAAAGCCAACGCUAUCAGAAAGCGAGGCCGAAGAUGAUCCAGCAAGUCACGUAACUUUACCACAAAAAUUAUCCUCUAGAGGAAAUCAUGAGAAAAGUACAAGUGCAAUUAGAUUAUACGAACUUGGACCAAGGCUUACAUUACAGUUAAUAAAAGUGGAAGAUGGACUGUUAGGAGGAGAAGUACUAUUUCAUGAACUUAUUAAUAAGACUGAAGAAGAAAAGAUACUAAUACAAAAGAAACGCGAACAAAAUAAAAAAUUGAAAGAGAAACGGAGGAAAAUACAAGACGAAAAUAAACUAAAGAAAGAGGCCAAAAAGCAAGAAUUGAAGGAAAAAUCACUUAAAGGCAUACAUAAGAAGAGAGAAAGUGAUAUUCUCAUGCAGAAAAUUGCGAAAGAGUCAUACGAAGCAAACAAAUCUGAUGACGACGACGAUGCACAAUAUUAUAGGGACGAGGUUGGCGAAGAACCAGAUAGUGAUCUCUUCAAAAGGACAAUUAAAAAUAAAAGAUCUUAUUCUCACUUUGAAAAGUACAAAAACAAAAAAAUUAAAGUGAAUCCCGAAAAUACGAAAGAAACAUAAUAGAAUUAGUAAAUCAAUGUCUAUAUUACUUGAACCAAUUGUCACUGUAAAUAUAUAAAAUAAUGUAAAAGUAUUUAAGC